AUGCGGCCGACAAGAACAACCUCAGCAGCAUCAUCCACACGCGUAUCGGACUCAGCUCCUUCAAAGACCGUCUCGACCAACUUCCAGGGUGAAAAGGAAGAGUUUACAACAUCUGCCGACAAACUGACCAUUGCACUCUACGACUUUGACUUUACCCUCUUUUACAAGGACACAUACGACAAGAUCCGAAACAUUGGUACGGCCACCUCGACCAAGCAAAAGCCAGGCACCCGUCCCACCUCGGCGUCGUCUUCUCAUCCCCCUCCCUCCUCUUCAUCCAAACCACAGACACCCUCCAUCUCUCCACCAGGCCAGCAAACACCACCCGUCACAGUCGGGUCACCAUCCGUCCCCCAUAUCGACCGUUCAGCAUCAUCUCAGUCAUUGGCUGCAGACAAUGCCAAGAUACAAUCACUUGAAAAUGAAAACAAUCUGUUGAAAAAGAAUGUAGAGGAAAAGGAUCAAUCUUUGAAACAAUUGUCCGACCAAUUCCAACAAUUACAAGUCCAACAACAAAAAUUAGUCGCCGCUUCCUCCACCUCUGAUCAACAACAAUUGAUCGAUGGAUUAAAUUCAAUCGUUCAAGAAAAAGAAAGGGAAAAUGAUAUCUUGCAACAAUCAAUCUCUAAAUUUGAAGAUUUAAUUGUUGACAAGGAUGAUAUAAUUGAAGAAUUAAAUUUAAAAAUUGAAACAAUACAAAAUCAAAAAGAUUCAGAAUCUAGUUUAGGAAUGAUGGGUGAUAAUUCUUCUUCAGCUGAUAUAUUUGAAGUGAUGAGAAUCAAACAAGACAAUCAAGAUUAUUUGACAAAGUUGGAAUCAAUGGAACAAUCCAUGAAAGAAUUACAACAAGCAAUGCAAACACUCAGACAAGAAAAUCAAAUGUUACAACAUCAAAGAGACGAAGCUAUUAAAAAGAUGACUUCCAGUCCACCACAACCUCCCAAACAAGAACCAACAACAUCUCCACCACAUAAUUUGACUAUUGCCAAACUAGAAGGAGAGUUGACAGAACUUAAAACAAAAUACUCCUCACUACUCAAAGAUCAAGAAGAAGUUGUUGUUUGGGCUACAAGUUUAGAAACUGAAAAUAGUACAUUAAAAGCUCAACUUGGAAAAUAA